AUGCGUCUUCCGAACGCGUUGGCGAUCAUGGUCGUCUUAGUCGUCCAUCUUUGCUUUUUCCUUGGCGUGGUUGGGGUUUCAACUACUAGCAUUGAUGUGUUGACGCUCACUUCUUUCACCACCGUCGUCCCUAGACCCAUCAUCAUCACGACCUCAGAGCUUGUGGCUCCUACCAAUAUAGACCCUGGUGAUCUUACCGUCACGGAACAACAUGUCACAACUGCCACCUCAGGACCGACAUCCACAACGACCAUGAUCAGCUCGAGUACUAAGAACAAAAGUACAGAAUUUUCGACUUCCCAUAGCUCGCCCACGAUCUCUACAAGCAAGUCAAGCAGUACACCGGUCUCCUCUUCUAAGACGCCAUCCUCGGCAAUAGCAUCUGGUACACAAGUGGCAGCUCUACCCGACGACAAACCCCACAAAAGUUCAGCACCGAUUGUGGCUAUUGUAGUUUCAGUUGUCAUCGGGGUCAUCGCAAUCCUUGCAAUUGGUUUGCUUAUAUGGUGGUUACGUAGAAGGAACUCGACGAAAAGAAAUGAUACGUCAACCCGCACGGAUAUAUCGGAAGGAAAUAUUCAUGAUGGACAAACUACGUACAUACACACAGGAAAUAGAGUUUCACGCCAGGGAAAUCAUGCACCAGAGAAUCGCAGAAGCGUCUUCGACACCCUCGGAUUAACAAAUAAAAGAUUGUGGCCAUCUUGGCCUUUCGGUGAUAAAGUCAUGGGCACCGAAUCUAUCAAGCAUGCAAUCAUAGGAGCGGGAUUACCAAUACCUUCAGCACCGCCACGGCCUGUACAAUCUUCUCAACAAGAAUCGCCUUAUAUCACUGAUCCUCGACCAGCUGAACUAGCUGCUGAACCAGUGGUUCUCCACAAUAAUGAAACCUCGACUCUUCGGCAGUCAGGGUCUUCGAAUGGUGUUUCCGAUGCUCCUCUUAUUCCACCGAAAUCACCGAAAAGAAAUUUCACGACGUACGGAACAAAUGGCGGCAAUCAGCAACCUUGGGUUGAACCUUCCUCAAGCUUCUCCAUAUCUUCAACUGAAUCUUCUUCUCCUAACACGAAGUCCACUGGUAGCAAGGAUGAAGAUCUCACUCAAGUCACGCCAUUGGCUUGGCUUGAGCCAUCGUCUACAUUCGCCGUCGUGAACAGAAACCGGUCAUACAAUGCAAUUGCUCCUUCUGUACAGGCUGAUAUUCUUCGCACCGUUGCAGAGCGCGACAACACCUUAGCAAUGCUAGAAGGGAGAGAGCAACCACAUGUCACGGCUGCCAUUCCCUCAUUUCGCGGACAUAAUGCAGAGCGACGCUUCUACGAGGAGACCGUCACAAAGGCGAAGCAAAGAAGCCGAGAACGACAAGCUGAAAUUGGAGGAAGAUUUCCAAUCGCCCCGGAGCCAGGCACUGUACAUGAAGACACCCAUCAUAUAACAUAUGGCACUACAGAGUCCGGUGUAUCUUUCCAGCAGGUAGAUAUUCAUAACAAUUUCGGGGGUUGGAUUUGA